AUGGAGAAGAUGGUGGGCGUGACCCAGAAGGACAGCUCCUGUCAGACCCCCAGUGAACAGGAAACCAGCGAGGGUUCAGGGGUUAAGGCCAGCCAAUCAGCCAGCUUCAGUGAUUCCACCAUGGAGCACUUCAGCCGGUCGUUCAAGGAGGCGACGGUCAGCUUGGUGCGGACCACGGAGGACCUGCGGGGGGACAAGCUGUCCCAGGGGGGUAAAGGCUCCAGAUCAGCCAAGGACCGGCCCUGGGCCAAACCAGCUCCUGGAGGCCCCCAGGGACCCGGUGGUACCAGAUCACCACCCUACCAGGAGACGGACGGAUACUGCCCGGACCUGGAACUCAGUGACUCAGAGCCAGAGGCUAAAGGUCAGAGGUCGAGGCAGGGUAGGGUGGCCCCGGGGGGUCAGGCAGGGGGAGACUACCACAAGGGGAAGCAGAACCUGGGGGGGUCCAGUAGGACCUCAGUACAGAGGUGACAGACCUGACAUGACCUACGACCCUUCACCUCACGCCCCAGCUCUGUCAGAGCAGGCAGGCAGGCUGUGGGACAUUCAAGCUUUCAGAACCCAGAGCCCCUACACUGAGCCAGAGCACUGGCUGGGCCAUCUAUCUACAGUGCCUUGCAAAAGUAGUAACCUCCCUUAGCAUUUUUCCAAUUUUGUUGCCUUACAACCUGGAAUUAAAAUGGAUUUUUGUGGGGUUUGUAUCAUUUGAUUUACACAACAUGCCUACCACUUUGAAGAUGCAAAAUAUUUGUGUGUGAAUUAAACAGGAAAUAAGACAAAAAAACAGAACUUAAGCGUGCAUAACUAUUCACCCCCCCCCCAAAGUCAAUACUUUGUAGAGCCACCUUUUGCAGCAAUUACAGCUGCAAGUCUCUUGGGGUAUGUCUCUAUAAGCUUGGCACAUCUAGCCACUGGGAUUUCUGCCCAUUCUUCAAGGUAAAACUGCUCCAGCUCCUUCAAGUUGGAUGGGUUCCGCUGGUGUACAGCAAUCUUUAAGUCAUACCACAGAUUCUCAAUUGGAUUGUGGUCUGGGCUUUGACUAGGCCAUUCUAAGACAUUUAAAUGUUUCCCCUUGAACCACUCAAGUGUUGCUUUAGCAGUAUGCUUAGGGUCAUUGUCCUGCUAGAAGGUGAACCUCCGUCCCAGUCUCAAAUCUCUGGGAGACUGAAACAGGUUUCCCUCAAGAAUUUCCCUGUAUUUAGUGCCAUCCAUCAUUCUGUCAAUUCUGACCAGUUUCCCAGUCCCUGCUGAUGAAAAACAUCCCCACAGCAUGAUGCUGCCACCACCAUGCUUCACUGUGGGGAUGGUGUUCUCGGGGUGAUGAGAGGUGUUGGGUUUGUGCCAGACAUAGCGUUUUCCUUGAUGGCCAAAAAGCUCAAUUUUAGUCUAAUCUGACCAGAGUACCUUCUUCCAUAUGUUUGGGGAGUCUCCCACAUGCCUUUUGGCGAUCACCAAACGUGUUUGCUUAUUUUUUUCUUUAAGCAGCAGCUUUUUUCUGGCCACUCUUCCGUAAAGCCCAGCUCUGUGGAGUGUCCGGCUUAAAGUGGUCCUAUGGACAGAUACUCCAAUCUCUGCUGUGGAGCUUUGCAGCUCCUUCAGGGUUAUCUUUGGUCUCUUUGUUGCCUCUCUGAUUAAUGCCCUCCUUGCCUGGUCCUGUGAGUUUUGGUGGGCGGCCCUCUCUUGGCAGGUUUGUUGUGGUGCCAUAUUCUUUCCACUUUUUAAUAAUGGAUUUAAUGGUGUUUCGUGGGAUGCUCAAAGUUUGAUAUUUUUUUAUAACCCAACCCUGAUCUGUACUUCUCCACAACUUUGUCCCUGACCUGUUUGGAGAGCUCCUUGGUCUUCAUGGUGCCACUUGCUUGGUGGUGCCCCUUGCUUAGUGGUGUUGCAGACUCUGGGGCCUUUCAGAACAGGUGUAUAUAUACUGAGAUCAUGUGAAAGAUCAUGUGACACUUAAAUAAAGUCCACCAGUGUGCAAUCUAACUAAUUAUGUGACUUCUGAAGGUAAUUGGUUGCACCAGAUCUUAUUUAGGGGCUUCAUAGCAAAGUGGGUGAAUACAUAUGCACGCACCACUUUUCCGUUAUUUAUUUUUUAGAAUUGUUCGAAACAAGUUAUUUUUUUCAUUUCACUUCACCAAUGUUGACUAUUUUGUGUAUGUCCAUUACAUGAAAUCCAAAUAAAAAUCCAUUUAAAUUACAGGUUGUAAUGCAACAAAAUAGGAAAAACGCCAAGGGGGAUGAAUACUUUUGCAAGGCACUGUAUUGUACACAGGGACACUGGGACAGGAGCACAGGACUAAUUCAUGACAGUAGUCCUGGACCAGAUCCUCUAAGCCACGUCAUCUCUAAUGGAUGUUUGCUCUCUCUCCCUCUCCAUGCUCGGUAUGAACGGAACGGCCUUGGACUGUCUUCUCAUUAAAUUACUUCUCUGUUUAUUUCUGUCUUCUCUGCUCAGGCUAUAAAUAAUUAAAUAAUUAGAGCCUGACUGAUGUUUUUUUUGUUGGGGGGACGAGACUUGCCGAUUUAGUGUUUUACGUCGGAUAAAUUAAAAAGUGUAAUUUUUCCACACUGAAGUCUCAAAUUGCCAUCCAAAAUAGCAAUUGUCCAAUAAAUAUGCUUCAAAUGUUGAUUUUCAUCCUAUCGGUCGGCCUUUUCUGUUCUCUGCACAUCGAAGUGGUAGUCUUCAUAAUAAGGGAAUCUACUCAACCCCCCUAUGUAGGAUAACAUGGCCUUAGACAAGUAUUGUAAAUAUUGAUUAAAAUAAAAACCUUUUAAUUUGGCUGUAAAUAGUCAUUAGUGUCAUGACACGUGGAGUUAAACACUGAUAUUGAUCGAUGACAUCACACAGAAGAUGUCGUUCUUUUGGCUGAAGAACCACAAUGUGACAGUUAUAAAGGGCUCCAUUAAACCUAGCAUUGAUAUCUUUCCCACUUCUCUCGCUCUCUCUGUCAUGAUCUCUUUCACUCAUUUCUCUCGCUCUCUUUUGCUAUCUCUUGAACUGCCAGCAUUAGCAUCUCUUGUACUGCCAGCAUUAGCAUCUCUUGUACUGCCAGCAUUAGCAUCUCGUGUACUGCCUGCAUUAGCAUCUCGUGUACUGUCAGCAUUAGCAUCACUUGUACUGCCAGCAUUAGCAUCACUUGUACUGCCAGCAUUAGCAUCUCUUGUACUGCCAGCAUUAGCAUCUCUUGUACUGCCAGCAUUAGCAUCACUUGUACUGUCAGCAUUAGCAUCUCUUGUACUGCCAGCAUUAGCAUCACUUGUACUGCCAGCAUUAGCAUCACUUGUACUACCAGCAUUAGCAUCACUUGUACUGCCAGCAUUAGCAUCACUUGUACUGCCAGCAUUAGCUACCUAUGCUUUCACAUCAUUUCAGAUGAGGAAACUGUCGGUGAACAGCCAGUUCUUCCAUUAGUCUCUAUUUCCUGAGUUGGACAGAGGGAGUGUUUGUCAAGUAUCUCUUUGAGAGUAUCAUUGUGUUCAAUAGCGCAAAUGUUUUUUAUAUGUAGGAAUAUGAAAUUAACUGACUGUAUUGUUAGGAUUUUGUAUCCUUUUUACUAGGUAAUAAAUAGUAUAUUUAAUCAAAAUGGAUAUUUGGUGACAUGCUUUACCCCUGGAAGAGAAGAGCUGCAGGGUUAUGGAACCUGAAAUGCGAUGGUGUAUUGACUGGUGGGUCUGUAUGGUCUGACUGGUGGUGGUGUAUGGGAACUGGUGGUGGUGUAUGGUCCUGACUGGUGGUGGUGUAUGGUCUGACUGGUGUGGUGUAUGGUCUUGACUGUUGGUGGUGUAAUGGUCUGACUGGUGGUGUUGGUCUGACUGGUGGUGGUAGGUCUGGCUGACUGGUGGUGAAUGGUCUGACUGGUGGUGGUGUAUGUCUGACUGUGGUUGGUGUAUUGUCUGACUGGUGUGGGGGUAUGGGUCUGACUGUUGGUGGUGUAUGGUCUGACCUGGUGGUGGUGUAUGUCCUAGACUGGUGGUGGUGUAUGGUCGACUGGUGGUGUGUAUGGUCUGGCUGGUUUGGUGUAUGUCCUGACUGGUGGUGCUGUAUGGUCUGACUGGUGGUGGUGUAGGUCUGGAUGACUGGUGGUGGUGUAUUAGUCUGACUGUGGUGGUGUAUGUCUGACUGGUGGUGUGUAUGGUCUUACUGGUGGUGGUUGUAUGGUCUUACUGGUGGUGGGUGUAUGGUCCUGACUGCGGUGGGGUGUAUUUCUUACUGGUGGUGGUGUAUGAGUCUGACUGGUGGUGGUUCAUGGGUCCCUGACUGGUGGUGGUGUAUGGUCUGACUGGUGGUGGGGUAUGGUUCGGACUGGGGGUGUAUGUCUGACUGGUGGUGGUGUAUGGUCUGAAACUGGUGGUGGUGUAUGGUCUGACUGGUGGUGGUGGUAUGGUCUGACUGGUGGUGGUGUAUGGUCUGACUGGUGGUGGUGUAUGGUCUGACUGGUGGUGGUGUAUGGUCUGACUGGUGGUGGUGUAUGGUCUGACUGGUGGUGGUGUAUGGUCUGACUGGUGGUGGUGUAUGGUCUGACUGGUGGUGGUGUAUGGUCUGACUGUGGUGGUGUAUGGUCUGACUGGUGGUGGUGUAUGGUCUGACUGGUGGUGGUGUAUGGUCUGACUGGUGGUGGUGUAUGGUCUGACUGGUGGUGGUGUAUGGUCUGACUGGUGGUGGUGUAUGGUCUGACUGGUGGUGGUGUAUGGUCUGACUGGUGGUGGUGUAUGGUCUGACUGGUGUGGUGUAUGGUCUGACUGGUGGUGGUGUAUGGUCUGACUGGUGGUGGGUGUAUGGUCUGACUGGUGGGGGGUGUAUGGUCUGACUGGUGGUGGUGUAUGGUCUGACUGGUGGUGGUGUAUGGUCUGACUGGUGGUGGUGUAUGGUCUGACUGGUGGUGGUGUAUGGUCUGACUGGUGGUGGUGUAUGGUCUGACUGGUGGUGGUGUAUGGUCUGACUGGUGGUGGUGUAUGGUCUGACUGGUGGUGGGUGUAGGUCUGACUGGUGGUGGUGUAUGGUCUGACUGGUGGUGGUGUAUGGUCUGACUGGUGGUGCCUGUAUGGUCCUGACUGGUGGGUGGUGGUAUGGUCUGACUGGUGGUGGUGUAUGGUCUGGAACUCGGCUGGUGGGUUAUGGGUCCUGACCUGGUGGGUGGUGUAUGGGUCUGACAUGGUGGUGGUGUAUGGUCCUGACUGGUUGGUGGGGUGAUGGUCUGACUGGGUGGUGGUGUAUGGUCUGACUGGUGGUGGUUGUAUGGUCUGACGGGUGGUGGUGUAUUGUCCUGACUGGUGGUGGCUGUAAUGGUCCUGACUGGGUGGUGUAUGGCUGUACUGGGGUGUGAAAAAACUGGUGUGUUGGUGUAAGGGUCUGACUGGUUGGUGGUGUAUGGUCUGACUGGUGGUGGGUGUAUGGUCUGACUGGUGUGGUGAAUGGUCUGACUGGUGGGUGUGUAUGGUCUGACUGGUGGUGGUGUAUGGUCCUGACUGGGUGGGGUAUGUCUGACUGGUGGUGGUGUAUGUCUGACUGGUGGUGGUGAUGGUCUGACUGGUGGUGGUGUAUGGUCUGACUGGGGGGUAGGUCCUGACGGUUGUAUGGUCCUGACUGGUGGUGCUGUUGGCUAGACUGGGUGCUGUAGGGCUGACUGGUUGGUGCUGUAUGGUCCGAAUGGUGGUGGUGUAUGGUCUGAACUGGUGGUGUUAAUGGUCCUGAACUGGGUGGGGUUUAAUGGGCUGACUGGUGGUGGUGUAUGGUGCUGACUGGUGGUGGUGUAAUGGUACUGACUGGUUGGGGUGUAUGGGUCUGACUGGUGGUGGUGUAUGGUCUGACUGGUGGGUGUGUAUGUCCUGACUGGUGGUGGUGUAUGGUCUGACUGGUGGUGGUGUAUGGUCUGACUGGUGGUGGUGUAUGUCUGACUGGUGGUGGGUGUAUGGUCUGACUGGUGGUGGUGUAUGGUCUGACUGGUGGGUGGUGUUGGUCGACUGUGGGUGGUGUAGUGGUCCUGACUGGUGGUGGUGGUAUGUCUGACUGGUGGUGGUGUAUGGUCUGACUGUGGUGGUGUAUGGUCUGACUGGUGGUGGUGUAAUGGUCUGACUGGUGUGUGAUGGUCUGACGUGGGUGUAUGGUCUGACUGUGGUGGUGUAUGGUCUGACUGGUGGUGGUGUAUGGUCUGACUGGUGGUGUGAUGGUCUGACUGGUGUGGUGUAUGGUCUGACUGGUGGUGGUGUAUGGUCUGACUGGUGGGUGUGUAUGGUCUGACUGGUGGUGGUGUAUGGUCUGACUGGGUGGUGGUGUAUGGCUGACUGGUGGUGGUGUAUGGUCUGGACUGGUGGUGGUGUAUGGGUCUGACUGGUGGUGGUGUAUGGUCUGACUGGUGGUGGGUGUAUGUCUGACUGUGGUGGUGUAUGGUCUGACUGGUGGUGGUGUAUGGUCUGACUGUGGUGGUGUAUGGUCCUGACUGGUGGUGGUGUAUGGUCCUGACUGGUGGUUGGUGUAUUGGUCUGACUGGUGGUUGGUGUAGGUCUGACUGGGGUGGUGUAUGGUCGGAGGGUGGUGGGUAUGGCUGACUGGUGGUGGUGAGGGGGUUGGGCCCUGGUGGUGUUAUGGUCUGACUGGUGGUGGUGUAUGGGACUGGGGGUGUAUGGUCUGACUGUGGUGGUGUAUGGUUGACUGGUGGUGGUGUAUGGUCUACUGGUGGGGUUAUUUCUGACGGUGGGGGUGUAGGGUCUGACGGUUGGUGUAUGGUCUGACUGGUGGGGGUGUUGUCACGGGUGGUGCUGGUGCUUAUGGUCAUGGUGGUGGUGAUGGUCGCUGGUGGUGGUGUAGGGUCGACUGGUGGGGGGUUAGGGUCUGACGGGUGGUGUGUAGGUCUAUGGGGGGUGGGGGUCGACUGGUGGGGGUGAUGGUCGACGGUGGUGUGUAGGGUCGAGGGUGGUGUGUAAUCUGAAUUUUAAUAAUGCUAUCCUAUUUCCUAUUCUGAUGAGUUUCAGAUCACUGAUGUCUAUUUUUGAGCAGUAAUACACUGCUCCAAAAAAUAAAGGGAACACUAAAAUAACACAUCCUAGAUCUGAAUGAAUGAAAUAAUCUUAUUAAAUACUUUUUUCUUUACAUAGUUGAAUGUGCUGACAACAAAAUCACACAAAAAUUAUCAAUGGAAAUCAAAUGUAUCAACCCAUGGAGGUCUGGAUUUGGAGUCACCCUCAAAAUUAAAGUGGAAAACCACACUACAGGCUGAUCCAACUUUGAUGUAAUGUCCUUAAAACAAGUCAAAAUGAGGCUCAGUAGUGUGUGUGGCCUCCACGUGCCUGUAUGACCUCCCUACAACACCUGGGCAUGCUCCUGAUGAGGUGGCGGAUGGUCUCCUGAGGGAUCUCCUCCCAGACCUGGACUAAAGCACCCGCCAACUCCUGGACAGUCUGUGGUGCAACGUGAUGUUGGUGGAUGGAGCGAGACAUGAUGUCCCAGAUGUGCUCAAUUGGAUUCAGGUCUGGGGAACGGGCGGGCCAGUCCAUAGCAUCAAUGCCUUCCUCUUGCAGGAACUGCUGACACACUCCAGCCACAUGAGGUCUAGCAUUGUCUUGCAUUAGGAGGAACCCAGGGCCAACCGCACCAGCAUAUGGUCUCACAAGGGGUCUGAGGAUCUCAUCUCGGUACCUAAUGGCAGUCAGGCUACCUCUGGCGAGCACACGUGCGGCCCCCCAAAGAAAUGCCACCCCACACCAUGACUGACCCACCGCCAAACCGGUCAUGCUGGAGGAUGUUGCAGGCAGCAGAACGUUCUCCACGGCGUCUCCAGACUCUGUCACGUCUGUCACAUGUGCUCAGUGUGAACCUGCUUUCAUCUGUGAAGAGCACAGGGCGCCAGUGGCGAAUUUGCCAAUCUUGGUGUUCUCUGGCAAAUGCCAAACGUCCUGCACGGUGUUGGGCUGUAAGCACAACCCCCACCUGUGGACGUUGGGCCUUCAUACCACCCUCAUGGAGUCUGUUUCUGACCGUUUGAGCAGACACAUGCACAUUUGUGGCCUGCUGGAGGUCAUUUUGCAGGGCUCUGGCAGUGCUCCUCCUGCUCCUCCUUGCACAAAGGCGGAGGUAGCAGUCCUGCUGCUGGGUUGUUGCCCUCCUACAGCCUCUUCCACGUCUCCUGAUGUACUGGCCUGCCAUCCUGGAUGAGCUGCACUACCUGAGCCACUUGUGUGGGUUGUAGACUCCGUUUCAUGCUACCACUAGAGUGAAAGCCCUGCCAGCAUUCAAAAGUGACCAAAACAUCAGCCAGGAAGCAUAAUAACUGAGAAGUGGUCUGUGGUCACCACCUGCAAAACCAGUCCUUUAUUGGGGGUGUCUUGCUAAUUGCCUAUAAUUUCUACCUGUUGUCUAUUCCAUUUGUACAACAGCAUGUGAAAUUUAUUGUCAAUCAGUGUUGCUUCCUAAGUGGACAGUUUGAUUUCACAGAAGUGUGAUUGACUUGGAGUUACGUUGUGUUGUUUAAGUGUUCCCUUUUAUUUUUUUGAGCAGUGUAUUACAAUACCCUGGAUAUGAUCGACAGUGCUGCUGCACCCCGCUUCAAACAGAUGAAAGGCGACCCAAUUUAGCCCAACUAAAUAUACAGUACUUCACAUGAUUUUCAGUUUGUAAAUGACUGGACAAGACUUAGCGCUACUGUAUGUCUUUCAGGAGUCCUGACCUGGUUCUGACCUGGUGUUCAUCUCAUUUAGAGAGAAAUCAUCUCUCAUGUCUGUCUGUCUACUGCUGUUCCUCUGCCAAGUCCUCCUUCCUACUGGCCUCCACUAUAACCAGUCACUGCCCAGUCCUCCUUCCUACUGGCCUCCACUAUAACCAGUCACUGCCCCAGUCCUCCUUCUACUGGCCUCCACUAUAA